UUGUUCAGCACAGCACCAGCAGGUCGAGCUGCCGUCGCGUCCGGCCCGAGUCAAAACCGAGCCGCAUUCCAGCAGCAGCGUUACGAGAGCACUAUGACGAAAACGCCGGUAUACUUCUUAAGUCAUGGGGGUCCCAAUAUCAUGUAUGACCACCAGCAUCCGGCGUACCAUAAGCUGGGCGAGAUCGGGCGGGAGAUUACCACGAAGGUGAAGCCGCGUGCGGUGGUGGUUUUCUCAGCGCAUUGGCAGGGGAAGCCUGAUACUAUCCAGGUGAAUACGGCGGAGAUUACGGAGUUGAUCUAUGACUUCUACGGGUUCCCGAGUCAUUACUACAAGGAGAAGUAUCCGAAUGUCGGGAGUAAGGAGGUGGCGGAUAAGGUGCUGAACGCAUUGGGAGAGGCCGGGAUUAAGGCUGAAGGUGUGAAGAGGGGGUUGGAUCAUGGUGUCUGGGCGAGUUUCAAAUGCGCCUUUGAGCCCGAGUCGAAUCCUUUGAAUGUCCCUAUCGUGCAGGUCUCGCUGUUCGACUCGGAAGAUCCUGUGCAGCACUACCGCCUCGGCCAGGCGGUGGCGAAGCUCCGCGAGGAAAACAUUCUGAUCAUUGUCUCUGGCAUGGCAGUCCAUAAUCUGCGAGACCUGCAGUUCUCCUGGGGCGACCCGCGGCCCUUGCCGUAUACCGCCAGCUUCGACGAGGCGCUCAAGGACGCGGCCACGACCCAGCCGGCGGAAAGGGAGCAGGCGUUGGCGGAUCUGCUCAAGCGGCCCGACGCCCGCAAGGCACAUCCGACCUUUGACCAUCUGCUGCCGAUUCAUAUCGGAGCUGGUGCGGCCGGGGACGACAGAGGGCGGCGUCUGUGGACGUUGAAGGAGGGAAGUAUGAGCUGGGCGCAAUAUAGAUUUGGCGAGAUCGCCAACAGUACUAGUUCGCUGUAGCUCUUAAAAAGGAGAUAGAUAGACCGGACAAAUCUCAAUGACGAUCGAGCG